AUUCACUCCGUCACAGCGUAGUAUUGAAAUUCUAUAUACCCGCCAUGCUGAGGGGAGGUGAUGGAUGGGCAGUUAAUCUAUCUCGGGGAGGGGAAAUUUCUAGGACAAGACGUUCGGAAUUAGGCGAGUUUGUCACGGAUGUUUACUGGCCAAUGAGAGGGGCGAUCGAAGUCAGUGUAUUUCUUGGCUGUUUAGUUGUGGUGAGCAUGCUAGGAGGGACUGGAGUGUGGAAUGAGGGGUUCAUUUAUAUGACGGUGCUUGGAUUGAAUAAGAUGUCUGCGACUGCAGCUUGGGGCUUCGUGUUUUCCUGCUGCUUGUUUUGACAUUUCGGCUUGCUGAGCUUGCUAUGUGGAUGGAGGGUUCUAAUGUACAACGCAAACUUCAAGAUGAAUCAAAUGUAUCUCCCGGGGAAGAAAACAGCGUUCGGGUCAGCAUGUGUAGCAGCUGCACUCUUAGCUGUUUUCUGGUCGAAUCAGCAACAUGUCGACAGUGAAGCCCGCAUACAAACACCUCACAAUUACGAAUGCAAACCGCAUAAUUAUACCACAGAAAUAGUAUCUGUAGAGCCACUGUUGAUAUACAUCAACGAUUUUCUGUCAUCUGAAGAAGCUGAUCUGCUUGUCGAUCUUGGAACACCCUCCCUCGCCUCCUCAGAAAUAUACGUCAACGGCCAAAAGGUCUCCUCAAAAACCCGCACUUCCAGAUCAGGUGGUCUCCCUCCCUCCUCACCACUCGUAUCCUGCAUCCUCACUCGUGCGCUCACUUUUCUCGGUCCUGCAAUUCCUUCAACAAAAUCACACCCGUACUCCUCAUCCUCGUCUCAAAACUCCAAUCCCAAUCCUCUCUCCAUCUUCGGCACACCACAAAUCGUCCAAUACGGCCCAGGCGAACACUUCUCCACCCACCACGACUGGUACGAUCGCCCACAACCCUUACGAGACGGUAGUAUGGACUACACCGGAGGUCGCUGGUCGUUCAAUCGCUGGGGUUCAUUUUUUGUAUACUUGGAUGAAGAAGCUGUGGGAGGCGAGACGUGGUUUCCGCAUAUCGAGGCUCGUACACCUGUUCUCUCAUCUCAGGGAGAGGAUAGUGAAGGGGGAGGGGAGAAGAGAAAAUGGGAAAAGAACACAGAGGAGGGAAGAGGAACGAAUUUCCUUCCUAGGAAGGGCAAUGCGCUUUUCUGGGUUAAUUUGCAUGGGAAUGGGACGGGGGAUGAGAGGGUGGUGCAUGCGGGAAGGGAGGUCAAGGGUGGGAAGAAGACGGCGAUGAAUCUUUGGCCGAGGGUUUAUUAUGGUGGUGGUGGAAGAUAG